AUGCUCUCCGAGCCGCGAUGGAAGGAGGCGCAGAGUAACGAGAUCGACCUGCGGUCGGAUCCUCACGCCGACGUCCGCUCCUUCAGCGCCAUCCUGACCUUCUUCUUGUCCGAGACCUUCCUGGCGCGGGGAGAUGAGGUCCUGGCAUUCGCCGUGCGACGCCUGGCCGACCGCUACGGCCUCAAGGAGCUCCUGGUGAAGGCGGAGAGCGAGCUGGAAAACCUGCUUUGCGCCGACAACGUGCUCAAGUUCUUGGGGCAGGUUACCGGCACGGGCGGGCUGCUAGAGAUGGCCUGCCUCGACAUGAUCAAGGCCAACGGCUGCGAGCUGUUGGACCAACAGCAGGAGAACCUGGACCGCAUCGCUGAGGAGAACCCUGAACUCGUAAAGCAGCUCUUCCGACUGCUUCUUGCAGCGAAGUCUCACAAGAAGCGGUUGAAGUUUGGUCUUCAGGGGGAAGUUCAUGCCUCCCACGGCCCGGGUCCCAAGGGUGCGCUGCUUGAGAAGUUCAAGAAGGGUCAAGAAAUGCUGGAAAUUCAAGACCCAAGAGACGCUGCAAUCCAGCAGCUGCUCGCAGAGAGCACCGACGCCGAUGGUCCGUCUUUGCUAGGACGCCUCUGCUGGUGCCAGACAGCACCGAUACCCAGGCCGCCAUCCGCCAUCGAAGACAUCGACGCGGUGCGCAACCUCGUCGGCGUCACGCUGCAGGCUGGGUCGCACGCGACUGCAGGCUCCCUGGAGAUUCUUCGCUGGGCUCGGUUCGAUGCUGAGACGCGGACCUUGACAGCCACGGGAUUUGGAGGAUGGAAACAACCCUGGUACACUGGAGCCUGGACCGAGCCGGCCGGCGAUCCCAUCUGGUGCUUCUUGCUGUGGCUCGCCCGCGUGGGAAAUGCCACCUACGAGUUCCGCUUCUCUGAAGAUUUCCAGCGUGCCGACAUCAUCCCAAAGGGCAACCUCGGGAUCUUCUGCUGCUGCUGCUGUCCCUGUAUCCCUCCAUGGUUCGAAAUUCCAAGCUGCCUGACGCGAAACUACAUGGUCCAAGCCGACUCUUCUAUCAAGGGCGACCAUUGGGAACGCUUUCAAGGAAACUGCUGCCAGACGCCGACUUUUUACUACGACAUUUACACCGUCUACGACCGGGAGGGCAAAGAGACGCGCUGGAGCCACCUGGCACGGGAGCAAGCUCCCGCACAGGUGAUGAUGACCAUCUGA